UCGAGAGGGUAAAGGCGUACCGAGCGGCCGUUUCAUUCAGUAUACCUACGACUGCCGGUGAGACGGGUACCUCGAUCCGCGGACGACUUUCGCAUAGGUGCACACUUUCGUGUACACCUGGCCGUGCAGUGCGCGCAGACCGCCUUUUCCCGUCGUUCCCACGGAAUUUCGGACCAAGACACAGAGAGUGACCUUGCUCCGGUAAACGCUCCAAGGGAUUUUACGACAUAACCAACGACCGGAAGUCGACGCCGAAAAUCCGUGCCAGCCUGGACCGGAAGUCCAGCGGUCCUCAUCCCGUUGGAUCAUCGAGCUAUGAACAUCGAUCUACGGGCCUGAAAAGGAUCGUCGACGAGAAACGGAAGAUAAAAAGGCGAAGAUAGAAUCACGAUUCCAGCGGAAACGAGCCCGAAAUCCUGGAGACCAUGUCUUUCCUGCGAGCCGUGCGCGAUGUGAUCGCUUUCUUGAUCCUGACUGUGAUCGCGAUCGUCGAGAGCAUUGUGAAAGCGUGCAUCCCCACGAAGUACAAGAUGAAGAGCAUCGACGGCGAGAUCGCACUUGUGACCGGCGGCGGGGGCGGCUUGGGAAGACUGAUUGCACUUAGGCUUGCCAACUUGGGCGCCACCGUUGUCAUCUGGGACGUUGACAAAGCAGCCACGGAGGAAGCUGUGAAGCUCGUGCAAGCCGCCGGUGGAAGCUGCUACGGUUACGUCUGCGAUCUCUGCGACCGGGAGGAUGUUUACAAGAAAGCAGCGCUGGUCAGAGCGGAAGUGGGAAAGGUGACAAUACUGAUAAACAACGCCGGCGUGGUCAGCGGGAUGAAAUUUCUGGACACCCCGGACAAACUCAUUAUCCGCACCAUGGACGUGAACGUGAUGAGCCAUUUCUGGACGACGAAGGCGUUUCUGCCGUCCAUGAUGGAGGACAACAAGGGCCACAUAGUCAGCAUAGCUAGCUUGGCUGGCCACGCGGGAGUGCCAACGUUGGUCGACUAUUGUACCUCGAAAUUUGCGGCAGUCGGAUUCGAAGAGGCUUUGCACAUGGAACUCGCGGCUGAUGGCUAUAAAAUCAAUACCACUGUCGUAUGUCCAUUUUUCAUUCGUAGUACCGGCAUGUUUGAGGACAUUAAAACUAGAUUUAUGCGGAGACUUAGCCCCAAUGAAGUGGCAGAUCGAAUUGUGCUGGCCAUGAGGUGCAACGAAAAAAUAGCUGUGGUGCCUGGCUACAUCCAGUUUUUACUCGCUUUGAAAUGUAUCUUUCCAUGGUCCUGCGUAAAGAUGCUCAUCCGAGGAAUCGUCAUCACCUGCCCAUCCACCAAGUACAAGCCCAAAACAAUACCGAAAAAGACGGAACCGAUGGCCGAAGUGAUAACGAAACUCCAAAACGGUACGAACAUCCAGGAUCAGUUGUCCAGACGCGUGGCCAGUUCCGAGAGGAAGCCAUAACCGUCUCUGGACACAGUCACACGCCUAGAAAUGCACCGAAAUCGGAUUCACUUGUUCGUAAAAAUCGAACAAUGGAAUCCCAGAAUACGAUUCACGAUACAUUGAUAACGCUCGUAGAAUUCCGUGUCGCAUUACAAGGCUGGUCACGCGUGUACAUGUUAGGAUUUUAUAGCAUUCGUUCCCCAGAGUCUGUCGUUGCGCAAAAAAUGCUCGGAAACAGGUUCCCUUCCGGCGACGAACGCAGACAGAAUUGUUUCGUAUGUAACGUUCAGCGAUCGACGAGCAGAAUUUUUUUUUCGUGAAACGUAGGAUCGAGUAUAGGAGGAACUGUUGCUUUCCUUUUCGGCGUUAACAAAAGAAACGAUGACGCGAUUAGAGGAGUGAAAGCGUUGGACGCGGUUACUCGAGAACGUGUAAACACAGAAUUCGCUCGUUUCGACGUUAUUUAAUUUGUAAGAUGAGGAGAGUUACCUGUGGCAGGACCUUUCGGAGCUGGUCCGAGCAAAGGGGACCAUUUUUACCAAUAAUCGGCGACGAUGUGUGAUACGUUAAACGUUCGUUGUUCUAGCUAGUAAGGGUAGACUAAGACUUUUCUAUUUGUAAUGACUAACCGACCGUUCGCAGAGGAACUACUGUAAUUUAUCUUGUGGAUGUAGAUGGUCGCGAGGCGAUCGAUUUGUCAAAACGAGAAAUAAAACUGGAAUUUUUACCGAACUGGAA